AUGCUCAAUGCCCUGAAGAGCGGAGAAGCCAAAGGCGAUACCAACUCCGCCGAAGCCAUGCAGGUGCUGAAACGGCUCGGCGACGAGGCCGCCAAACAGUUGGAUGCCAUCUCCAGCACCCAAGUGAAGGAAGCCAAGGUGCAGGAGAAGCCGGAGCAGAAGGAUGCGGGCUGCCAGACCAUCUUCCGCUUGGGUGGCAUGGCGUGGCAUGCUAACCCAGCAGUGCAAAAACUGCUCGAGGACCUCAUGAAGGUGUCCACUCAAGGACCAACAGCAGAUCCCGACCAAGUGGACAAGUUGGACGACGAGGUCUCUGUGAUCAUGGAGAAGUGGCGCAAGACCUUCAUUGAGCGCAACCGUCAGCGGGGCAACAGUUUGCGUCGACAGCCGCCACCAGAAAUCCACGCGAUGCCACCAGCUCAAGUGCCCGCUGCGGCACCAACGGCUCCUCAGGCACCACCCGUAAUGCUCGAGGCGGACUUGGUGGCCCGUGCGGCGGCGAAGAAGUUAGAAGCUCCUCCACCUGAAGCUCCCGCCUGGAGCAGCGUCAAGCGAGAUGAGGUGAAGAUGACCGUUGAGCCAUCGAGGUUCCAAAGCUCCACGUUUGACAGCAGCCUUCCCGGCCGAAUGCCAGAGGCAGAAGCUGACACGUCCAGGCAAGGCAGCGCCGAGCGUUCGACCUCGCCGGGGGCGCCUGUACCGACAAGCGGCAGGAUUCCACAUAGCUCAGAGCACCGCCGACCGCGGGCUGGCAGCGAAGAUGCGCAGGUGCCUUCCCCGGAGAAGUCGGGGCAAUCCAGUGAGCCCCUGGCGAGUCGAUCCAGGAGGCGCCGGGACUCUGAGAGCUCCAACUUCCAGCGCGACGUCUCGGGAGGCUCAGUUCCCAGCUGCUCCGAGACCCCGCUCCACCCAGGCAUGCCCAACCAGACGCAGGCAGGCAGCUCCGAAGCCAAGACUGACGUCUUGGCCCAGCUCGGACAGAUCCGGCAAUCUCAGCAUGCUCCUUCCAGCCGGGCGGCCAGCAAGGAAGAGCCCCGAGAGGAUCCUCCAACCGGUCGACCGUCUUCAGCUGUAGGGCAUCGCGGAGGACCAGGGGACAGCAGCCUUCUGGUGCCACCCGUUCGCGACGCCUCCAGGUCGGUUAGCCCGAGCUCUUCCGUCGGCUCGAGCUCCGUCUCAUCAGGACAUCGGCGACCAGUCUUGGAUCCCAUUGCAAGGCCGCGGGGUCCUCCGCUGCCUUCUGCCGGUCGACUGUUGCUCGCCACAGCACAGCAGGAGAGCCGCGAGACUUCACCGCACUCUGCGCGAUCCGGCCCGGCAGCUCCCUGA